AUGAUGUCCCAGUCUCUCAGGGCCUCGCGCACCCUCUUCGCCCGUGCCUCUCGGCAGCAGGUCCCAGUCGCUCGCCGGACCUUCCUGACCUCCGCCGUCCGCCAGGCCGACCCCGUCCAGGAGCUGUACCUGCGCGAACUCAAGGCCUACAAGCCCACCCCCAUCAAGGCCGGUGACGCCGAAGCCCACGUCCAGAAGUUUGCCGUUCCCCAGGCCCCCAAGUCGCCCGAGGAGGCCAACCUCGCUGGCGAGCUGUCCGCCUACGAAAGCCAGGAGGUUGAGGUUGAGGGUCAGGCCGCCGCCGGCGAGGCCGCCCCUGUUGAGCAGAGCUGGUUCGAGGAAGAGGAAGAGGAGGCUGCCGCUGCCCACUAA